CUUAUUAACACUCUUGAUUUUUUUUUUUUCUGAAUUUUUCUCACAAACAAGUACUCCGUAUUAAACUAAACACUCCCCAACAUUUCUAUCAGUACCCCCAAUCCAGCCGUUAAUCCCGAGUGAAUCAACACUUAUUGGUGAAUCACUUAUCAUUUGAGAGUUGACUCCUAAAUUCUGACAUGAACCAGACUAUGGCGGGUGGAUCCUGCAUAUGAUUCAUACCUCGCGUCUCAAUGUCAAUUGCUUAUUGUUUUCUAGAUCAGAUCUGGCUUUAUUUCACCUGAUGCGUGCUCUCAACAUCCAUCUCGCAGUUCCUUAAUGAGCUUUCCGAUGGCAUGUGAUCUUAAAGGUUUUAUGAUUCGACACAAUUCUUCAAUUUUGUCUUGCAUAUUUAAAUUACUUUUGCUCUUCCAUUAUAUCUCUAAUGAACUAUAAUGCACCCGGCCUUCUCAUUCUUGUUCACUGACAAUACAUAUGGCCGUCGGUCACAUUUGAACAGGAAAAGCUCUUGUCCUUAUGGGUCCAAGUGGUGCCGGAAAGUCAACAAUAGGUGAUAUGCUAGGAAGAGCCAUUAAUGGUCACUUUGUUGAUGCCGAUGAUUAUCACUCUCCUUCAAACAAAGAAAAAAUGAGGAUUGGGGUGGCAUUGACAGAGGAAGAUCGGGCUCCCUGGCUCGAGACACUGCGAGGCGUGAUAAGAGAGGGGUUAGCGAAGGGGGAAAGCAUUGUUCUUGCUUGCUCUGCUCUCCAAACACAGCACAGGGAAAGCCUGAGGUGCGCUGAUCCUGGUUAUCAGCCCGGCUCCGGUGGGGUGCAUGAUUGUUUGGUGAAAUUCGUUUUGCUGGAUGUAAAGGCCGAUGUUCUGGCUGACAGGCUGAACAGAAGGGCGGCAGAAGGGAACCACUUCAUGCCUGCAAUGCUCUUACAAUCCCAGUUGGAUUUGCUUCACAUAGAUGAAUCGGAAGGCAUAUUCAAGGUUGAUGGAACUUUGACCCCUUUGGAUAUUGUGAGCAAGAUCCGAGCAUCCCUUUUCUCAUGAUUCAUUGAUUCUUAUCCUCUUCAAAUAUUUACUACGGAGUAUAUCUAUAUGCCUUUUUUUUUGCUUCAUGAACAACCAUACCAACUUUUCACUUUUAAUCCAUGCUAUAUUUCAUAUCUGGCCUUCAGUCAAUAAUUGUAAUAAUUUGGUCCCUCCAAACCUGGAAUACGAUGUCUAGCCUUCACAGGAAUUCAAAA